CGCAAGACUUUUGGUGGUUAAAAAUUGAAAUUUAAAGUUUUGAAGAGAGUUGAGAGAGAAUGGCAGGAGUGAGUACAAAUAUAAGGACACUAACGACUCAAGUCAAAGGGAUGACUUUGGGCUCUGCCAGUAACAAAGAAAAUGCAACUUCUUCAUAUCAACUGGGCUCUAAUUAUAGACUGGGACAAAAAACUGCCCCCAAUCUGGAACCAAAAGUAUUGUGCCACCCACUUCAAGAAUCCAAGACUCACCAAAUACCUGUUAGUAGAACUGGUCAAACUAGUGCUACUGGUCAGACGGCUCAUGGUACACGGGAACAUUUGACGGUUCCUCCCUCUGCUCCUCCUCCUGUAUCAUCGUCUUUAGGAGAAGCACCUCAGGGAGGAGCUGGUACUGCAACUGACCAAUCACAGCAGCCAGUUAAGAAGUGGGGAUUGUCUGAUUUUGAUAUUGGAAGACCUUUAGGAAGAGGGAAAUUUGGCAAUGUUUAUCUUGCUCGAGAGAAGAAGACAAAGUUUGUCGUAGCUCUGAAAGUCUUGUUUAAAUCACAGCUGCAAAAAGCUUCAGUGGAGCACCAACUUAGAAGAGAAAUAGAAAUACAGGCUCAUUUGAGACAUCCAAACAUUCUUCGUUUGUACGGUUAUUUUUACGACGACACUCGUGUUUAUUUAAUUCUUGAAUACGCCCCAAGAGGAGAAUUGUACAAGAUACUGCAAAAAGAGGGUACCUUCAGUGAAAGACAAUCAGCAAUUUACAUAAAACAGUUAGCAGAUGCACUGAGAUACUGUCACUCAAAGAAAGUUAUUCACAGGGACAUCAAACCGGAGAAUUUACUAGUUAAUUUCAAGGGUGAUUUGAAAAUAGCAGAUUUUGGUUGGUCAGUUCAUGCCCCCUCAUCUCGUAGGACUACCCUCUGUGGGACUCUGGACUACCUCCCCCCAGAAAUGGUAGAAGAGAAGGUCCACGAUGAAAAGGUUGAUCUAUGGAGUUUAGGUGUACUUUGUUACGAGUUUCUUGUCGGAAAACCUCCUUUCGAAACUGUAAACACCCAGGACACGUACAGAAAAAUUGUAAAUGUUGACUUUAAAUUUCCAUCAUAUGUUUCACCUGGUGCUAAAGAUUUAAUCAUUAAACUGUUAAAAAAGAAUCCUUCAGAGAGACUGGCACUUGAUGAAGUCCUCAAGCAUUCCUGGAUCAUAGAGAAUGCGAAAUGACAGACACACUGUGUUCUUGCCUCUUGUUUUUUAAUAAUAAUAAUAAUAAGUAUGAUUUAUAGCAGUAGAAUCAAGACAUGACGAUGAACUAUUUAUCAUGUUUUGUGUCAUCUAUAUCUUUGAGUCUUCCUUGUUCAAUGUGUUUAUGUCCUUUUGGUAUUUGUUUAUGUAAACUAUACUCUCUCUCUCUAUACCUCUUGAAUCUUAUUCACAACAUUUAUGAUAACUUGA